AGUUGUGAUGUAACACCGCUGGCCACUGGGUGGGGUUGUUCACCCACCUCACAGACACGGUGACGGCAGUCAGGAGGAUCCACAGCUCACUUUCUCCACACACACCUCUCUGCAAUUUUACCCAAAAAUACGGACUUAAUUAACACAUUAAUAACCCGAGGACAAAGUGACAUAGAUUGAAGCAGCGUCACAGUAAUAUAAGUGCAAUUAGUGCACUUAAUCAUGACUGGUCCAGCGCUAAUGGCUGCACAGCUGCAGAGGCUUAAGCACACGGCUUACACCUCAUAAGACAAUAAUUGUCACCUGGAGAACAACUGAGGUGGCACUAAUACACCGGAGGUGUCCGAUAAUGCGUCAGCGAGGCGGACUGAGCGUCUGUCCAGCUCAUCCGGCACAACAUGGACACAGCAGGAUUGUGAAUUGCCAGCUCAAGUGGGGACCAGUUCCAGUAUAUUAUCAUCCACUCUGGAUCAUCAGGUGCAAAAAACCACAGCUCCCCACCACACCUGUCCCCCACCUCCGCUCCCUAAAUCCCAGGCUGCACCUCUUCCAUCCUGACAUCAGACCCCAGAUAUCCUCCUGUCUGGAUGACUGAGGGAAGAUUUGCCAGACACAUAGCAUGGCUCACUGCUCUCACUCCUCUGACUGGAGGGAGAUGACAAAUGGAGGUGGGCAUCCCCACUUCAUCCAUGGAGGCCAGGCAGGGGGUUCCCACAGUACUACACGCUACAUGGUGAAGAAGCAGCACCGCCACAAACGCAGGUCAUCCUCACCGAUGGGCAGGGUCAUUCUCAUCAAUGCACCUGUUGAUGGAGGGGAUGACAGUGAAGACAUUCACACGGUGACAGUAGAUAAGAGUCCAGAUGGGCGUCUGGGCUUCAGUGUCCGUGGGGGCUCUGAACACGGACUCGGCAUAUUUGUCAGCAAGGUGGAGGACGACAGCUCUGCAGCGCAGGCUGGGCUGACUGUGGGCGAUAAGCUGGUGGAGGUGAACGGGGUCAGCCUUGAGAGCAUCACCAUGAGCAGCGCUGUGAAGGUCCUGACGGGCAACAACAGGCUGCGGAUGGUGGUGAGACGGGUGGGCAAGAUCCCCGGCAUCCGCUACUCCAAGGAGAAGACCACAUGGGUGGAUCUGAUUCACCGGCGGAUGGUGGUGGAGGAGAGCGGUCGUACACCAUCAGAGACCAGUUCAGACAGCGCUCUCCGCAGGAUCGUGCAUCUCUUCACCACAUCAGAUGACUACUGUCUGGGCUUCAACAUCAGAGGAGGCAAAGAGUUCGGACUGGGAAUUUAUGUUUCUAAGUUGGACCCGGGCGGGCUUGCAGAACUGCAUGGCAUCAAAAUGGGCGAUCAAAUCCUGGCAGCCAACGGGGUCAGCUUUGAUGACAUCACCCAUAGCAAUGCAGUCGAGGUCUUGAAGAGCCACACGCAUGUCAUGUUGACCAUCAGGGAAGCUGGGAGAUACCCUGCAUACAAGGAGAUGGUGGCAGAAUACGGCUGGCUCGACAAACUGGCCAACGGGGGCCCCGCACCAUCCUCCCAGGGUUCAGACUCCAACUCCUCUGCCUCCUCCUUGUCCUCCAGCACCCCUCUCAGCUCCCUCAGUGGUCUCUCCCAGGUCCUUUUCCCUCCUGUCUUUGGCUCAGAGAUGGUAGACGUCGCCAUCUCCACAGAGGACCGCUCCCGACGUCCAAGCAGUGCAGAGCGAACUGCUGACACCGCCAUACAGACUGACCCCCAUCCCCCAAACUUGGUGGACUACCCCUCAACUAAUGGGUCUCACCCUAGGCUGGUCACCACAGAAACUAGCCGGACUGUAGGCGCCACAGUGCUGCUGAAGGACACGGUCAUACGUGGGAAAGGGGAAGGACCUAGGGAGAUGGAAGGAGCUGGAGAAGGAGGGCGGGGGCGCACAAGGACACUGUCAUCAGGGAACCAGGAAGUAGAGAAACACUCACCUAAGACGGCAGCACUGAUGGCCCUGAGCAGACCACGAAAGCCAAUCAGACGUUCCCAGAGCCACAUCACUGCUUCAGAAGAUAGACGAAAGACGAAGAGGCAACAGAAGGAGAGGAGCUCAGGAGAGGGUAAAACCAGCCUGCAGCGAUCUAAAACCUUUGUCAACCUGUUCUUUAAGAAAGAUCGUAAAGGGAAGAGUCGCUCCAAGUCACCGUCUCACCAUGCUGACAAAGACAAGGAGCGAGGCCGUCCCUUCCAGCUCUUGACCUCCCCAAAAGAAUCCCGUGCUGGGGUUAAAGACAGCAGCCCGCUGCCCCGACCAGAGACCCUGCAGCACGUUGAGGACAUGGCAAAGAAACUGCUCAGCCAGGAUGAGGUGGCUGCUGUGAUGAGACACUGUCGGCGGUUUUUGUCCGAGAAUGUGAUUGAGGAUUUAGUGCGUCCCCUUUUGGCAAUCUUGGACAGGCCGGAGAAAAUCCUUCUUCUCAGAGAAAUAAGGAUGCUGAUGCCUUCUUCUGAGCUGGGUCGAUUUGACAGCAUGGUCAUGCCCUUUGAGCUGGAGGCGUAUGAUACUCUCAAGAGUCGCUCUGUUCGCUCUCCAGCUCUGCGCUCCCCUCGCAGUGGAACCCCUCGACGUCACCUCAUCACCCCAAUCCCAGACUACAGGGGUGGGUUCCACCUCCAGCCAGUCCAGGACACCCUGCGGGAGUGUCAGUUGAUUGAGGAGUUGGAUAGACUACGUUUGUCCAGCCAGCAGUCAGGCCAUCUACCUCCAUCCCGUGCCUUCACCCCUCUGUUGGAUAUACCUGUGGACAACUACACCUCCUCCAGUGUGCGCUCCCGCUCCCUGAGCCCCUCACCCACCCACAGCCUCCUCCUCACAGAAUCACCACACAGCACCCAGCGUGGGCGCCAACCCCAUCGCUCCCCAAACAGAAGAGAGAACGGGGCAUCACGGUAUGACGAGGUCUCCUUGUUGUCCGUGUCAGACCGAGGAGAUGUGGCUCCUGAACGAGGGAGGUCGCCUGUGAGAAACGGCCAUGGGAGAGUGAGGAGGGAGGCGAGUCCUGACAGUAUAGAUGGCAGAAGUAGCAGGCAGGAGGGCUACACAGAGGUCAGCGUACGUGUUCCCUCUCAGCGGCGAGGGAGAACCCCUCUGGCUAAUGUGUUCGAGCCCCAGAGAGACAAGAGUCCAUCCACAGGCAGAAACAGCAGCCAGCAGCUAAAUGGAUUUUCACAAAAUGGUCACGGUGUGAAGAGAAGAGCAACUCUGCCACCUGAGGAGUAUGAAAUCAGCACUUUGACCAUCUCGAAGGCCAAGCAGUCACUGGGUAUUAGUAUCUCUGGAGGUAUGGAGUCCAGAGUUCAGCCCAUGAUAAAGAUAGAGAAAAUCUUUCCAGGAGGAGCUGCAUCUACGAAUGAGGCUCUGAAGGCAGGGUAUGAGCUUUUGUCUGUGGACGGUGAGAGUCUGCAGGGAGUGACUCAUCAGCAUGCGGUGGACGUUAUUCGCAGAGCGUUCAGCAACAAGGCCAAAGACCUGAUGGUUUUCGUGGUCAAGGUCCCCAAGGUCCUUACCACCCCCACAGGCCCCAGGAGACCUGCAGACUAACCUUUGUGUGCCUCACAGUCAGACUGCAGUCCAGGCAUGAAGGACAACAAAACCUGCAGCUCCUGAGGGAGUGAAUAAACUACAGGAUUCACUCCAGAAGAGGAGAGAUGGGACAGGUAGAUCUCCAGUCAUAGUGGAGAGGCAUUUGUCCUAUGUAAGGCAGAGUUAUGACAUGUCAAAGAGAAAGGUGAACAUGUUGAAGCCGGUUUUAAAGACUGAUGCAGUAGCUUAUUUAGCAGGAUAGACUGUUAUAGAUCACUUUUGCUACAAUGACAUGAAGUAAGUUGCAACUGUACGACUUUUAUAACAUUCCUAGUGUUUUUAGCGAACAUUUUACUAUAUGCAUUCAUUGCACAUAAACUGGACAAAAAGUAAGUAGUAUUUUAUGAUAAGAUCAUGCGGUUCAUGAACUGCUCUUUGUUUAAAAUUGUGCCGCUGUUCGACACGUGGCAACCUUGCCGCGACCUCUGAGCACCAUCUCAUUGUGGAGCCACUGGUCUGCACUUUUCAGUUGGAGCAUCUCAGUCCUGCAGCCCCACAGGCCUGCCAGAGGGAGAUUACCCCAGCCUGCGUUAUGAGAUUUAUAGAUUUAUACCCAGAUUAAACCCCUGUAUUAUGUCAAAACUGAUAGUUUGGGUUUAGUGGAUGUCUGGGGGGAUUAUUACAAAUUGCUGCUCAGUAUUUUUGUGCUGUAUUUUUCUGGCAGAAGUGCUUGUGCUCUGUAGCAAUCCGCCACUUUAGAGGCUUAAUUACACCACGCUGUGGACUGAGCUUAUGCAGACAUGUGGAGGAGUUGGAAAAACAUGUCAAUGAGAAAUGCAGGACAUGAAGGCCAGUGGCACAGUUUAAAUCAAAGUAGGGUAGAGGAGAUGUGGACAGCAAGGUAACUGGAAUAUAGUGUGUGCAUAGUGCCUUACUUCUGCAGACGGCC